AAAAAAAUUCAUGUCACGACCAAGUUAUGGGGCCUAGGAAAUAAGAGAAAAAAAUUGGGUUCAGAGAUAUCGUCUAAACAAAUAUAAGGUCGGUUGGGUAACCGUAACUGUCAUGUGGGGGUAGGGGGUGUGGGGAUGGCUGAAUGGUUAGUGUUUGAGCGUUGUAUCCUAAGAUCUGUCAUUGAGUCAACUGGCAUGGUUUCAAUUCCCUGGUUGUACAUGACAAGGAGUAGGGUCGCCUGUCCAACCUCGUGGGUUUACUCUGGUCCUCUUGUUUCCUUCCACUGUUAAAGACCCCUACGCGCAAGCGAAUUAAUGAAAUAAAACUGAACCAUAUGUUAGUCCCAAAAUGACCCAGUUUGUGCCAAGUGAACAUUAAACCACAUUUCUUUUUCUUUCUCUCUCUCAGGUAACCAUAAACAUAGGAAUUAUUAUUUUUGGCCUAUAGAGUGUUUGAUGCUCAGUUCAUAUUUACAAUGGUAUUCAAAAAUUAUUUGAGUGUCACCAUGAAUGUAGGAGACAAGGAUGUUGAUAAGUAAACAGAUGGCAUAAGAAUCUAUAUUGAAUGGAUUGAACUAGAAAAUGAUUUAUUUGACUACUGUAACAUUAUGUGAGUUAACGGUCUUAAUACAGGUAGGCUAUAUUCAGAGAGAGAAAAAUGGCAGCCGUAUUUUCAAGGAUACAUGGAGAUAAUGUUGAUGUGAGUGAUGACCUUAAGACGGCCAGCUGGACAGUUAAUAAACAUUACGGUAUUUGUGUCAUAGACCAAACUUUAAUAAAAGGUGAUAGCAUAGAACUCAUUAUAGAUGGUACAGGUGGAGGCGGCCAUGUUUUAUUGGGCUUGACAAAUUUCAAGGAUAAAGAUUUUAAAGGAUGUAAGGAUCAUGGAACUAAAGUUGGUGGUAAACCAGGAAAAGUUCAACGGGUCAUGGUGAAAGGCGAUAAGGACUGCUUUAGAUUAGAACGAAGAUCAGAAUGUCAGGUGAUACAGACCUUACGUGGUGAAGAAACUGUGAUCGAUAUAGACAGGGGAGAUAAUUACCGACUUUGUGCAGACAUAUUGUUUGGCCAGCUGACUCUUGCUAUAAAUGAUGAUCCUAAAUCAAAAAAAUUCUCUUGGAAUCGUAAAUUAUACGGACAAAAUGUGCAGAUAUUCAAAGAUUAUAAAAUGGUCUCGUUGAUUGAUACAAACCCUCAAUGUAGCCUGGCGAUACAGAACCCCCUAGAGGAACAACAGCCAAUCAAAAUAAAACUGACUCCUAAGGAUGGCGCUCAGUGGCACUAUAUGAAGCUGUUUGCAAGUCAAAUUCCUCCACUCGAAUCUCGAAUAAAUAAAUCAACCAAUUUUUCCUUUGAAGAUAAUGCCAUUUUCGUGCCCCUUAUUAGGAUAAAGAACCCUAAAGAUCAGCUAAUCAUGUGGUUAAACGGAAAUACAAUAACCUGUAAAGUUGGAUUAGGUUCAGCGAGUUAUAUCCAGAUGACUGUUGAAACCAACAAUCCUAUCUAUAUAUAUGCCGAGAUAUGUCGUCUUGUGCUAACCAUGGAUGUUAGCAAAGAUGAGAAGUUUACUUGGCCUGAAGAUGAUGAUGCGUCUACUCAUUAUCUGAAUGCUGAAGCAGAAGCAAUUUAUGAUGAGAUUUACGAUGAUAUACCAUUAGAAUUAGUGAUGAGAGACAAAAAAGAACCGGUUGAAAAUGAAGAACAAGAUCCGAAAGAUUUACUGAAAACGCUGGAGAAGAAACUAAAGAGCGUCAACUCAAACCGCAAAGAUACAUCAUACAAAAGAGACCAGAUCUAUAAGGUCGUUCAAAAGUUUGACGAAGAGUUGAAAAUGUUUGACAAGCAGCCAUCUUCCAAAGAUAGAGCCCCUGCACCCCUUCCCCGACCAUCGGAUAAUACCCCUCUGUGUUCAGCAUCAUCACAAUAUGGAUCGUCUUCAUCGUGUAUUUACACCAAGAGGGGUAAUGAUACGUACAUAAGAAAAAAAGUCCCAGUUAAACUGACCAAUGACAAUGUUGAUGAGCUUGAGCAGAUGAUAAAAGACUUAAAAAAACGGGUGGCCAUUUUGGAGGAUAAGAAGAAAAGAAUUAGCAUAAGGACCUCCUUUAAUUUAAAUUAAGCUUUGUAUCAAUCGGAUUAAAACACAGAUCCUAUUUCGUUUUGUUUUUUAUUGUUCAAAAUUUCGUUUUACUUGUCUUUACUACACUAGGAUCUGGAAGAGUUGUUAUCAUUGACGUGUUCUGAAUGAUGUGAGUGAUUAGCCAAUGAAACGGUCUG